GGAGAAGAAGAAAAGGAGGCGGAAGAAGGCGGCGGUGGGACCAGGAAGAAGGGGCUUAUUUUAACCAGAACAGGUUCAGAACCGCAAAAAAAAAACGUCAGAACGUGAUACUCUGUAGCUGUCAGGCAUCGUGUUCGUGUCGACAUGGAAGAAACACUCUUUCAGCUGAGGUUUACAUCGAAGCAGCUUGAGAGACUGGCCAAGAAGGCAGAAAAGGAGUCAGAAAAGGAGCAGGCCAAAGUCAAGAAGGCUUUGCAACAGAAAAAUGUUGAAUGUGCUCGAGUUUAUGCUGAGAACGCCAUCAGGAAAAAGAACGAAGGUGUGAACUGGCUGCGCAUGGCGUCCCGAGUUGAUGCUGUGGCAUCUAAAGUCCAGACUGCCGUCACCAUGAAGGGAGUGACUAAAAGCAUGGGCCAGGUGACCAAAGCCCUGGACAAGGCUCUGAACUCCAUGGAUCUGCAGAAGGUUUCCGCAGUAAUGGAUAAGUUUGAGAGCCAGGUUCAGAACCUUGACGUCCACACCUCAGUGAUGGAGGACUCCAUGAGCUCAGCCAUGACGCUGACCACGCCCCAGGAGCAGGUGGACGACCUCAUCCACCAAAUAGCAGAAGAGGGCGGCCUGGAGGUGAUGGACCAGCUGAACCAGCUUCCUGCUGGAGCGACGUCACUGGGCGGAGAGAGUUCCCGGAGCCAGGACAAGGAGGACCAGCUGUCUCGGCGGUUGGCGGCUCUGAGGAACUGAAGGCGCUGCUGCAUGGAGGAGCAGGACGGCAGCAGCUAAAUGUUUUGAUUGAACUGUUCCUUCUGGGAGAACUUAAUGAGUUUAUUGAUUUUCCUCCUCUGGCCUAAAAAUAAAUCGCAGCAGCCAGGAAUAGCAUCAGCUUUCCCUACUGGCUCCAUCAGUCUCCUCUUCACUCCAUGCACAGAAAUCUGGAUGCAAAUGUUGUAAAAUAUGUUUCUAGUGAUGAGCUCAGCUGUUGGUUCUCAGACCAGAUGCUGAAAACACUAACAGGUUUAUUCCUCUUCCCUCCUAAGACUCAGACAAUCCUCCCGUUUCUCUUCUGUGGAGUUUAGUUCAGUCACUUUCCUGGGUUCAGAUUUUCUGCUUUAAAGCCUUAUGUUGGGAUGCAGCUGCUUCUUCCUUCAGUGCCUAGAAAGAGCAGCCGGGUCGGCGGCAAGAGAAAUGUUUUUACUGGUUUUUAAUAGUUAGCCAUCACAGGUGGAAUUCUGAUCCGUUUAUGGAUCAGAACCAGAACCAUAAUGUGCUCCAGAUGAUCCUCUGCAGCGUCUCCACCGGCGAGGUUCUGAUUCGGUUGCAAUUUGGUUCCGGUCCAGUUCCGGUCCAGUUCCUCUGUAAUUCAGAGGGAAGUUUCUGCUGUUUCGUUGCUUAUCCUUUUUAAUAAUGGAGGUUUUAUUUAAACUGUUCGGCACUUUUUGUUUUCCGUAUUUAUCUUGUAAAAUAAAGUUCUGCCCUCUGUUGUCCGUCA